UGGGAGAAUAGUAGCUAAUAUCACCUCCCCGAGAAACACAAUAACACCUCCGUGUAACUAAAUGUGUAGCAUUCAAGUGAACAUCAGCAGAUAGAGGGAUGGAGGGGUUGUGAGGGUUCUUUUUCCUUUUUAAUCGCGCUAGCUACCCAGCUAGCUUUCCGCAAUUUGACCGUUAGCCACAUAGCUAAUUUUAGCUCUCAGAAUAACGUGAAUUGUGAUAUUGAAUAGCUCCACCUCGAGGCUCAGUCCUCCACACAGGACUCUGCUGUGGUGUUGACUUCAGGUCAAAAUGGCAGAACUAACAACACAAGAGAGUCUGCUGGAGAUGGGCUUCGACCGAAACAGAGCAGAGAAGGCAGUUGCCAACACGGGGAACCAGGGGAUAGAACAAGCCAUGGACUGGUUAAUGGAACACGAGAACGACCCCGACAUCGACGAGCCCUAUGUGCCGCCUGUGGGCAACGUCCUGGGAGGAGACACAGAAAGCCAGCCCAGCGCUGAACAGUCCACACAAGCCGAUACCACUGAAGCUGGCGACAUCGCCUACAAUGAGGAUGACGAGAAUGCACAGCCAAUGACAGAGGAGGAGAAACAUGAGCAAGUUAAGAGGCUAGAAGAGCUGAUGCGAGUGAAGCAGGCGGAGAGACGAGAGCGAGAGCGGGCAGAAGAGGUGGAGAGGGAGAAGCAGCGGAGGAGGCAUGGCCAAGAACUGCAACAGAUCCGCCAGAAACUGCAGGACAAUGAUAUGAAGAAGCUGGCUGACCAGCGCAGGAAGGAAAAGAUGGAGGACAAAAUGGCGAGGCAAAGGGUUAAAGACAAGAUAGCACGAGACAGAGAGGAGAGAGCACAGAAGUUUGGAGGCGGAGGACCCCCGAGCACGGCGGCUGCUGCACCCGAACCUGCCCUGCCCAGCCCCUCAUCACCAACCAGCCAGGGCCCUCCGCCCACAAAGAAGGAGUAUGAUGAGUCCAGGAUACAGGUACGCAUGCUGGACGGCUCGACCAUAACGGCAGUCUUCAAGGCCCAGGAGCCGCUGGCGGCAGUGCGCGUUUACGUGCAGAUGAACGGCAACACACCCGAGGGUCAGGACUUCACGCUGCUGUCCCCCUACCCACGUCACGUCUACACCGAGCUGGACAUGGAGAAGCCCCUGAAGGAGCUGGGUUUGGUGCCUUCAGCUGUGCUGGUUGUUGCCAAAAAGUGAGAAGGGACCAGGAGGAUCUGCUCUGUGAGCCUACCUCACCACCUUCACGACAUCACCACCAGAGACGCAGAGCCGCCAUGUUUCAGUAUCGCUCAAUAAGCCAGCUAACAGAACUUAAGCACAGACGGAGCUGGAAGCUGUGUUUAGACGAUGUGUUAUAGGAUAAAUGUUUGUUGUUGUUUUUUGGGGGGAGGGAGUUGUUUUUUUUAAAACAAACGGAAUGCAGCCCCUUGUCAUUCUGGGCUGAUUUCACCGACUGUAGACUGGCGUGUGUGCAAUGAGUCUGAGAAUUUAUUGAUUCGUGGUGAAGUGGGGAUAGCUGGCUUUUGACUGAUACUCCUUCAAGGAACGCCGCUCAUGGUUUCAGCAACAGAUUUUUUUUUCAUAAACCAAUACAGAACAAAAUCGUUGAGUUUUAACCUGAUUCUUGCAGCAAAGCAACCACCCGACACUUGCUCGACUGGUUCUGAAAGAGCCUUAAAUUUAACCCUCACAAUCUUCCUGAUUCUGUGACAUCCUACUUUGAAAGUUUUUUAAUAACUUGAAAUAUAAUGAGUUAUGUCUUCAUAAUCACCAACAAUCUACUGAAAUAAAACUGACUUGGAGAA